AUGGCGCAAAUCAAUAAAGACGACGCACCCCAUAUCGCUCAUGACGAAAUGGCCACACAGGACCACGAGGUCCAAGGUUGGAUAGGCCUAGCCGAAGAUGCUCGAAACGCGACCAUACAGGAACACAGAUUGACGUUCUUCGAGGCUGUGAAACUGUAUCCUAGGGCGUGCUUAUGGACAAUGGUUGUUUCCCUCGUGGUCAUUCUUGACGGAUACGAUACAGCUCUUAUUGGCUCCCUUUUUGGUUUCCCUGCUUUUCAAAAACAAUUUGGCUAUCCCACCUCUACCCCUGGUAGUUAUCAGCUAGAGCCCAAAUGGCAAACUGCUCUUGGACUUGCUAGUCCUCUGGGAAAUAUUGUUGGAAUCUACAUCAACGCUUUUUUGACGGAGAGAUGGGGCCACAAGAAGACUUGCCUAGGUACUCUAGGUUUCCUGACCGGUGUCCUUUUCAUCCCGUUCUUCGCGAAAAAUAUCCAGGUCCUUUUCGUCGGUGAACUUCUCUGCGGUCUCGCGUGGGGUGUAUUCACCACACUGGCUCCAGCAUACGCCUCCGAGGUUACUCCCGUUGUACUUCGGUCCUAUCUCGAGACAUAUGUCGUCUUGUGCUGGGGUAUUGGUCAAUUCGUCGCGACUGGUAUUCUGGACAGCCUUGAACAUCGAUCAGAUGAAUGGGCCUGGCGCAUUCCACUUGCUGUACAGUGGGUGUGGCCGGUGAUCAUUGCGCCUGUCCUCGCUUUUGCCCCCGAGUCUCCAUGGUGGCUUGUUCGUAAAGGUCGGAUCCAAGACGCCGAAAAUUCCGUCAAACGCCUCUCUUCCAGCAGUGACCCGGAUUUCGCAAAGAAAUCUGUUGCCCUCAUGGUUCAGACAACGGACCUAGAGAAAGUUCUUACCGAGGGCGCAUCGUUCCUCGACUGUUUCCGUGGCUCCAACGCAUGGCGUACGGAGAUCGGUUGUAUCGUAUGGACUUCCCAGGUCCUUUGCGGCUUUGCUAUCACCUCAUAUGCAACCUACUUCUAUGAACAAGCAGGUUUGGCCACUUCAGAUGCGUAUAAGAUGAGCGUCGGACAAUCCGGGCUGCACUUUCUCUGCACUCUUCUCUCUGUCUUCAUUACUGGAAAUUUCGGCCGUCGCCCUGUUCUUUUCUGGGGAUACGGCGGUAUGUGCUUAUCUAUGAUGCUUAUUGGCAUCCUAUCCUGUGUCCCACAGACUAGCCAGCUGGGAUACGGAGAGUCGGCGAUGUACCUUUUGUGGUACGUGUUUUACGAGUUGACAAUUGGGCCGAUCGCUUUCAUUAUUGUCGGAGAGAUCUCGUCUACUCGUUUACGAUCAAAGAGUAUCUCUCUAGCUCGAAAUGCCUACAAUGUUGCCAAUGUUUUUAGCUCAACGGUUGCUCCUUAUACACUCAACCCGACAGCUGGAGACUGGAAAGGGAAAACUGCAUUCCUUGCUUGUGGAUUCACCAUCUUCAUCAUUGUUUGGGCUUACUUCAGACUUCCAGAAUCUCGAGGUCGCACAUACGAGGAGCUCGACAUUUUGUUUUCGCGGGAUUUGAAAGCUUGGGAAUUCAGAGAUGCGGAGGUUGAUGAGGAUGCCGCGCAGACUAUCACGAAGCAGGGAUAA